AUGGCCGGCGCCUUCCGAGUCAUUGCUCGCAAAGGAUAUCUCGAAGGCACGGCUGGUCACAUCUCGAUUCGUGACCCGGUUGACCCUGACACCUUUUGGAUCAACCCCCUUGCUCGUCACUUCGGUCUGAUGAAAGUCAGCGACAUGGUCCAUGUCAACAUGGAAGGAGAAAUCAUUGGUGGAAAUUACGCUUGUAUCAACAACGCAGGUUUCAACAUCCACUCUGCCCUUCACGAAGCCCGACCCGACGUCAAUGCGGCGUGUCACUUCCACAGUAUCCACGGCAAGGCGUGGUCGACCUUCGGAAGACCACUGGAGAUGCUCAACCAAGACGCUUGUACCUUCUACAAGGAUCAUGCCGCAACAACAGGUCUACUGACGACGGGGAAGACGGUUGAUGAGGCGGCGUUUCUGUAUACCCUGAUGGAGAACUCCUGUCUCAUCCAGCUUCUUGCAGAGGCUGCUGUAGCGUCGGGGAUUGAGAAGCAGAUCUGUUCUGAUGUUGAAGCUGAGUAUCCCAUCAGGUGCUGA